GAAGGAGGAGGAAGAGGAAGAGGAAGAAGUAGAAAUGUGGAAAAAGGGGACGCGCAUUAUGGCGGUUCUCCGUGUGUUCUUCGACGACGUCAUCGGCAGGCAUGGUUUCUGUUCCUGUUCCUGUUUUCGCUUUUUUUUACCGUUCAGUCAAUGACCACAUUGUGUACCCGACUGCAGUGUCAACUGCGCUCGUAUGUGUGUCUCUCUCUGUGUUUGUGUGUGUGUGUGUAAGUCCUGCCGGAAGUUAACGCCGCCGCCUGGUCAUUCUCGCUGCUUUUAUGCAAGCUCUCUCUCUUUCUCUUUCUUACUCUCCCUCUCUCUUCAUGCAUGAUUAAACAAGUUUUUUAGCCGCUCUCGAGAUCCUUGGCCCCCUUCGCUUACUCAGUGUCCUGUGGGUCUGUGUGGGCAAGUCCUGCCGCGCAGUGUGGCCACUCGCCUGCGUUCCUGUCACGCUUUGAUCCUGCCGUACAGCCGAACGCUUCCUUCCUCCUUCCUACUCCUCCGCCCAGCCCCCAUCUGCGUUCCUGCUCCUGGCGAGUCCUGUAGGCGUUUCCCGGCUAAUGACAUGUUGUAAAUUAUCCUUCUCCUCGCCAUAUCCUUUGCCGCUUCAUGCUGCUGUAAUUACUCAAAAAUCAGCCUUCCUUCCUUUCUGUUAGUCAUUUUUUUUGUGGAAGACACACGCUCCUGGCAGGAUAAAGGUCAUGCAACUCACCCACUCUUGUUUUAAGUUUAAGAAUAUAUUAUUUCUGAUCAUAAAUUAUAGACUGGUAGACUAGUUAGCUCUACUUUUAAUCAAAAUCCUUCAGAAUCUUCCAAGUCCUUCUCCUACCUCCCUUCGAUCGCCUUCCUAGAUCCUAGAACUCUAAACCCCUGAUUAGAUACUCUUGACAGGAUCUCAAAUCCCUUCCCGAACAAUGCAUAAUGAGCGCUAAGCACUAAUCACAGGAGAGAGACAGGGAGAGAGAUCCUGCGAAAAAGGAGGACGAUCGAUAGCGAAUGCAUUUUCCAUUUUCCACAUCUAGUUUUCGCAACUGAGCCGAAUUCGAAGCAGUUGGUCCUGCCUGUCAAGGAGUGGGGGGAAAUGUGCAUUGUUCGACGGAAGGACAGAUGAAUGGUUUUCUAUUGAUGGAUGAACAGGAUGGCAAAAAAAGGACGAUAGAAGCAGCCAACAACUGCUGUUUUUCCUCUAGACUCUAGACCUCUAUUUCCCUCACCUCACCUCACCUCACCCCACCACACCCCACCCCACCCCGUCGCUCUUAUCCUGCCAAACUUGUUUGGGCCGUCUCCCUCUGGUUGUACACCGAUUUUCCUUUCGCAUUAUGCUUUGGCCAGAGCAUUCGCAUUAAAAGGACAACGCUCUUACAGCUGCGAGAGUGUUAGUGUGAGAGUGUGUGAGAGUGCGAGAGUGCGAGCGAGUUCUGCCGACGCCUGCGUUUGCUUCUGCGUCUGCGUCGCCAUCCCAUAGUCCUGCGGCGUCAGGAUGCGGUUCAGUCAUUGCUCGCCGCUCAGACCGCUCAGACAUGUCGCUCGUGAGUCGCGUAUGCCGUCGUGAGUGCUUUUCGUGCUAGUUUGUCAUUCCUGCCACUCAGUUAGUGUUAGCGCGUGUGUGUGUGUGUGAGAGCGGUCCUUCGCCUUCACCCCUCCUCCUCCCGCCAUACUUGCAACUACCAUAAAGUCCAAGUCAAAGACUGGAAAACGACUCCUUUCGACCAUCUGAUGUUGCAGGACAACGCAAAAAGUCAAAUCCAAGCAAAAAACAAAGCUAAUUGUAGAGCUAGAGUGAGAAAGAGUGUCUGAAAAGUGUUCUACUUGUGCAAAAGUUAAAAAAAUAAAUAAAUAAAAAAUAGAUAUUGAAAGUAGAGAGAAUAAAAUAAUGUGCAAUAAACUGCUAGAAGAGGCAACUGCAACCGAGGAGUAGAAGCGGAAACAGCAACAGAACCCAACACCAGAACACCGAUCUAUCAUAGAGCAAGCCUUACUCGUAAAGUCAGUCGAAACUUUUAAGGACUACGUCGAGAAACAAAAAAAAUACAAGUAACUGUGAGGCAAACAACAAAAAAAAAAAAAGAAAAACCCAUCGAAGCAAAUCACAAUUCUAGAUCGGGACAUCGGGCGUUGGAGAGGAGAGUGAGGCGAGUGUCCUGCGAAGAGCGGAGAACCGAAACGGAGCAAAGAAUAUAAUGAAAAUGUCAGACAUACCGCGCAUUAUGGUCUUCCGGCCCACCUGGGAGGAGUUCAAGGACUUUCCCAAAUACGUCGCCUACAUGGAGUCCCAGGGCGCUCACAAGGCCGGCCUGGCCAAGGUGGUGCCGCCGCCGGAGUGGGUGCCGCGACGCAGUGGCUACGCCGAUCUGGACGCUUUAAAUGUCACCAUACCGGCGCCCAUCUGCCAGGUGGUCACCGGCAAGCAGGGCUACUACCAACAGAUCAACAUCCAAAAGAAACCGCUCACCGUGAAGCAGUUCAGCGAACUGGCCAGCACCGAGCGCUAUGCCACACCGAAGCACUUUGACUUCGAGGACCUGGAGCGCAAGUACUGGAAGAACAUAACGUAUGUGGCGCCCAUCUACGGGGCGGAUGUUAGCGGCAGCAUCACAGACUCCGACCAGGAUAGCUGGAACAUAAACCGUCUGGGCACCAUCCUGGACUUUGUGAACAAGGACUAUAACAUCCAGAUAGACGGCGUCAACACAGCCUACCUGUACUUCGGCAUGUGGAAGACAACGUUUGCGUGGCACACCGAGGACAUGGAUCUCUAUUCGAUCAAUUAUCUGCACUUCGGAGCACCGAAGACGUGGUAUGUGGUGCCGCCGGAGUACGGCCGGAGGCUGGAGAAGGUGGCCAACCAGUAUUUUCCGGCUAGCUAUAAGAACUGCAAUGCCUACCUGCGUCACAAGAUGACGCUAAUCUCACCGCAGAUUCUCAAGCAGCACAAUGUGCCAGUUAGUAAGAUCACACAGGAGGCGGGGGAGAUAAUGAUCACUUUCCCGUUCGGCUACCAUGCCGGCUUCAAUCACGGCUUCAACUGUGCCGAGUCCACCAAUUUUGCGAUGGAGCGUUGGAUCGAGUACGGGAAGAGGGCGGUGCAGUGCACCUGCAGCAAUGACAUGGUCAAGAUCUCGAUGGACACGUUCGUCAAGCGGUUCCAGAACGAACGCUAUGACCUCUGGCUGGAGGGUCGGGAUGUCGGCCGGCAUCCGGAGGAUCCACCGAACGGGGUGCCCUCCGCUGCGCCCCUGCCCCCGCACCUAGACGCCCUGCUGUGUGAUAAGAAAAUGAAGAAGCAGUGCAACCCCACCAAGGCCAAGAGCUUUAAGGAGCGUAAUCCUGACCUAGAUCUGGACGAGAUCCAGCAGAAUCCGAACGUUCCCGACGACGUCAAGGCCAUGCUGAAGGAGAGCGUCCUCACGCUCGACACCAGCGAUCUGGGCGUGGAGGACGGCGACUUUGCCGGCGAGGAGGCUAUGAGCCUGCAGAGUCCCGCCGACUUUAAGACCAAACAGGAGCUCUUGGAGUACAUAGACGAUGGGACAGAAGAUGACGACGAGGAGGAGGACUUCAAGCGGCGCAAGCAGAAGAGGAAGUACGACGCCGACUACGACGACGACUGGCUAACCUCCAAGCGGCGGACGAACUCGCGCAACAGCAGCCGUGGCAGGAGUCCGCGCACCAAGGACGAUCGUUCCAUUUCCCCAGCCUCGUCCACCUCCUCGACGUCGCGGGGCGCGAGACGCGGCAAAGCCGGCAGCACGCCCCGCAAGACGCCGGCGAGACGGAAAAAGGAUGCCAUUGCCACAUCGCCGGCAGCCACAGUGGCUUCUCCAGCCCCCCCACCGCCAGCGCCUGCUGCAGCCACACCACCACCACCACCACUACCAGCACCAGCAACACCCACACCCAUAACACCAGCCACGAGAACGGCAACAACAGCAACAACAACAGCAACAGCAGCUGCAACAUCAGCAACUGGCAGCGAUGGCGGCAGAGAUGCCAAAAAGGAGCAGCAAUCGCUGCAGUUUAUGCAACAGCCACGCAAGUUCGAGGGCAAGAUACCAAAGCUAAGUCCACCGGUACAAACCGCAGCAUCCACAUCCAAGUCUAGUCAGGAGCAACAGCAGCCGCAGCAACAGCAGCAAAAGAUCUACGUCAGCAUGUUGCCCGUAGCCACCACCCUCAACGGCAUUCCACAGCAGCAACAGCAGCAGCCACAACAGCAGCAAUAUGGUAGCACGGAUGGUUCCGUCUACCAGCUGCAGAAUGAAAUACUCUGUGAUGCCAAUGGACAGGCCGUAGCGGCUGCCACGGCCACAUAUCAGACCACGGCCAGCAGUCCGCAACAGCAACACCAACAGCAGCAGCAACACCAGCAACAGCAACACCAGCAGCAGCAACACCAACAGCAGCAGCAGCAGCAACAAAGUGUUGCAGCCAGCACAGCGAAUGUUGCCGACAAUGUGGUCACAACUAUUAGUUCGUCCUCCAUCCUGCACACGAACGCCAACGCCAACGGCAACGGAGUGGACACGAGUGGCCAGUACCACUACAUCACCACCACCGGCGAGGAUGGACAAACACCGACCACCAUAGUGUUCGAAAACUACAAUGGCGCCACCGCCGCCGCACCCACGCCCGUCGCCGUAUCGGUGGCCGGGCAGCAGAGCAGCACGCCGGCGACAACGACCACCACUGCCCUGGUCAACACCGACGGCACAAUCAUCGAGUUCGACGGCAGCACCUACGAGGAGUACCAUGUGCUGAAGAGCGAGCCCGGAAGCAGCGAUUGCCUGAGCAAUGGGAGCAGCGCCGUCGCCGCGGACAUCAUCAAGUACGAGCCGCAGCACGGACUCGCCGUCGAGGAGGAUGACGAUGAGGAGAGCAUGCUGCAUGUCAAGUACGAGGAACAGAGCCUCGAGCACGAUCCGGACCAGGACCACGAAUACGAGGACUACCAGGUGAUGAAGGCUGAGGUCGAGGCAGAGGCUGCCGAGCAGGCUGCCGGCACCACCAGCUACACGAUCAGCGGCCAGGCGAACACCACGCCCACAUCGACGGUGUCCUCAAUGGUGCCGAAGUCCGGGUCGGCGGCAGCGGCCAAGCAGAAGCGGAAACGGAAAACGCGCGUCAUCGCCGACGACGAGCAGGGCGAGUAUCUGGAGAAGAUGAGUGUCCGGGGACUGGACAUAGCCCGCUACGAGCACAUCAUCGACGGUGUGGCCUACUGCCUGGUGUGCGCCAAGAACGACAUCUUCAAGACGUUCAAGAACAAGUACAGCUUUCAGCGCCACGCCUACCUCUUCCACGAGGGCCAGAACCGCAAGAUCUUCGCCUGCCCCAUCUGCAACAAGGAGUUCUCGCGGCCCGACAAGAUGAAGAUGCACAAGAAGGACAAGCACGGAGAUGUGCCGAUGCCACCCUCUGCCAGCACGACGCCCCUCAAGGCGGACGGCCCGCCGGCGAAAAAGGCGCGCAAUGUCCGGACGCCCCGGGGCCGGAAGUCGAAGGGCGUGGACGGCACGCCGGCCAAGAAGCGACUCGCCCAGAUCGACAGUGUUCUGGACGAGGUGCAGAAUGCCGAGUCCAUGACCAUGGCCCCGAUACCUGCCAGCCAGCAUCAGCAGUCCAUGCAGCACAGCCUUACCAGCACUCUGGCCCCGACGACGCCCGCUCAACCGCAACAGCAGCAGCUCCAGACACUGCCGUCGCUGGACUUCAGCGGGAUGAUCCUGCCGGGUGGAGCUCAACUGGCGUUGGCCAAUCCGGGAGCCACCAGCUCCAUGGGCCUGCAACGCGGCCCCGCCACGCCCAACGGCCAGGCUGGGGCGCCCACAACGACGCUGAUAUACUCGAACCAGCUGGAACUGCAACAGGCACUGCUGCAGCAACAGCUGCACGGCCAGAGCAUAAUGAUCCAGGACCAGGCCGGCAACCUGGUGCCCCUCCAACUGGAUGGUUCGCAGGCGAUUUAUACGACGGCGCCGGCAGCUCCGCAGGCACAGCGCAGCCAACCCACAACGGCCACAUAUCAGACCCAGCAACAGCAGCAGCAGCAGCAACAGCAGCAGCAACAACAGCAGCUGGUGCAGCAGCAGCAGACGCUGAAGGUGCCUUCCAGUCAAGCCCAGCAACCCCACUACGAACUGGACAACGUGACCUACCUGAGCUCAACAUCGGCUGCCACGCCGGCGGCGGCCGAACAGCAGCAACAACACCAGCAACACGUCAUCGGCACGGUCCAGAGCUAUCAGAUCCUGACACCCGAUGGCCUGCAGAGCUUCCAGCCGAAGCUGGACACCGCCGAGCUGGGUGAUCUGUGCCCCUACUCGCAGUACACGUUCACGACGCAUACCGGUGCCCAGCCAACGCUGAAUGCGAACGCCCUGGACGCACAAACCCAGCAGCAACAUCACCAGCAGGCGCAACACCACCAGCAGCAACAGCAACAGACGCACCUGCAGCUCCAGCAACCGUUCGCCACGCAUCACAAUCCACACCAACAGUUCAUGGAGCUGAAGAACGAGCUGCUGAUCAAGGGCAGCGACACCUACGCCCUGGACACCGCCUCCAUGUACCAUCUGCCCUUCUCGCCCACUUCGAUGAUCAAUGCGGUGAACGAUGUGAACACCUCGUCCCUGCUGGAGACCAAAGAAAUUAGCAGCGGCGGGAAUCCCGUGGCCUUGGUGAGCAGUAAUGCCGGCAACAGCAAUAGCGCUGGAAGUAAUGGGCUGAAGGCGGCGGCCAAGAAGACACCCGUCAUCCUGCUGGCCGCCCGCGGCGGUGGCAAGCCCACGCCGAUCAGCAUCCUUAAUGGCACCACCAAGACGGGCACUCCCCUAACUGGAUCCGGAGCCGUUACAGUGGUGCGCGUCAAUGCCGCCAGUCGUGGCCAGCGACAGGAGCAACCCCAACAGCAAGAGACGGAAGCGGAGGACGACCUGCCCGAGGAGGAGGAGCUGGAAGAGGAACUGGACGAGGAUGGUACGGCUCUUACUGCUCUGUCCUCGUCCACAGCUCAAAUACUUCGCAAAUUCCGCAUCCCCAAAGGAACGGCUCUGACUGCCAAGUCGGGAGAGAACUACCUGGCCAUGCCCACGCCCACUCCCUCGCCUCCUGGUGUCAGUGUGGUCAGUUCGGCCGUUGAUGCGGCGGAAUACGUUGAGAACGAAGACGACAUCAUCGAAGAGCUCAACGAAGACGACCUGGUCGAGGAGAUCAUCGACGAAGAGGCCAGCGAGGAGCAGUCAGAGCUUGCCGAGGCCCAGCCGGCUGCCGGGGAAAGCAAUGGCCUGGACCUGAGCAGUUCGAAUGGCACAACGGCAACGACGUCGACCGCCACAAUGAUGCUCGCCCCCAACCCACCGCCACUUCAGCUGCAAACGGUGGGCCCCAACGGAACCGUGACCUGCUUCAACCUGCCAGCCAACACCAUCCUGCUGCAGUCCGCCGAUGGCAGCAUCAUUGCCGCCACCCAGGUGCCGCAUCCUAACAAGGCGGGCCAACAGCAGCUGAUAGCCUUGCCGGGAAAUGUGGCCCUGGCACCUGAACCAACUGCUCAGGCUCCGCAGGCCACUCAAACACUUCUACUAACGGCCGAUGGCACGGCCAUUCCCAUCAUGGCAGCAACUCCUCAGCAGCAACAGCAGCAGCAGCAGCAACAACAGCAACAGGCUGCUGCUGCUGCUGCUCAGUUGUUUGCCGCGUAGGGUCUAAUGGGUGGCCAAAUGGGUCGAUUUUUGAACAGCGCCACCAUAAUUCCGACCACCUACUUCUUUUAAAGCCCCAAAGUCGAUUGCCCAUGGCUCAGGGCUUGUGUUGAAGCCCUGAGUUGUCGGCAACAACAUCAACCAUAACCUUGCAACCUUGCAACAUGUCAAAAAUCGUCACAUUGGGCCACCAAAAAAGGGGAACAGAAAUUGUUACUGAAACAAAAAAAAAAAAAGAGAAAACCAAAACAAAAUAACUCAAAAAGAAGCCAAGCUAAAUCACUGAUAUUACUACAAUGUUGGAUGUGCAUAGAAUUUUAUUUUUUUAUUAACCGAAUCAAAUCAAAUGUCGAAAGAGAAGAAAGGAAAUCAAAUGUUGUUCAUCGCGUGCAGUGUUUGCUGUGGGAGGGCAUACUUAAAAAAAAAAACGUAAAUUUAAAUUAUGUAUACGCCUAAGCUAUGUUUUAAGUGAAAAGGCGAGACACACACCCCAUACCAGUUGUAACAAUUUUACCUGCCGACAAAAAACGUGCAGCCAAAAAUAUGUUUAGCUUAAUUUAGAGUUGCGAGAACUGUUCAGUUUCUUUCCGCAAAUUUGUUUAGUAGCAUUAAACGUGAGAGUUCUCUAUAAAUACACAUAAAUAUUAUUUGUUCCUUGCAUAACGAGAGAUAGACAGCAGCGACUAUGCAACGUAAAUCUUUAGUAUUUAUCCAAUAAGUUCUCAAUCUAUUUAUUUAUUUUUGUUAAUCCGUCGUAUGUAUUCCAAGCACCCCUUGUCCCUAGUCCCUUGUCACUAUGAAUAUGAUUUCUUUUAACGUGUUGUAUAUUCUUUACAAACAUAUAUAUUAUAUUACAUUUUUUAUCUGCAAUUUUGUUAUGCCAUUACACUAAAAAUAGGAAUUCAAGCAUAGCACUGACCUAAUAUUAUUCUAGGUUCUAGACUGGAUAAUAUUAAAUGAAGUAUUUUUUUAAGAAAUUGUGAAUUCGACUAACCAAGACCUAACACAACACACCACACACUAAACUAAGCCGCGCUAGAUUAAGGCUAAAGUAACAUUAACUAAUGGAGGACAAUGAUUCAAAAUUAAUAUAAAUAUGUAAUCUAAGAUGCAAACAAAUAAGCAAAGUGAGUUUCACUUCUGUAAGAUAUAUAUUAUACCUAAGGUCUAAAUUUAACGAAGCAAAAACAAGAAACUAUUUAAGCAUCUCGAGGUAGCGUACAGUAUGUAUCAUAAAAGGUCUAAAGCUAAUAUUACUUUAUAUAUACACAUAUAUUUAUUACAAACAAUAAAAUAAAAUUUUAGAAGUUUAAAGCAAUAAACUUUAUUUCUUUCUGUAUCAUUUA